ACGAUCUUUGUGUGGCGGACCACUUGAGCGGAACGUGUGCAAGGAGUCCCUUUCUCCUUAGACAGCCUCCUCAUCGAGGAGACACCAGCCAGCCUAUGUCAGACCAUAACGCAUCCAAGAAGAGGCCACUCGAGCAGGACGAGGAAUCGCUGGCAUCGGUCCCAGGAGAACAUGAGGAUAGGGAGAAUCUAGCGUCGAAGAAGGUGCGCGUCGAGAAAUUGGAAUCUGAAGAACUAGUGACCACUACUCAAAGCGCACCAGGAGGUCCACCGCCGAUUGAAGGCUCCUCCUCCUCAACAGGGCCUCAACAGCUGCAGCAACAACAACCAAAUCAGCAGCAUCGUCCACCGCGGAAGGAGUUGCCCUUCUUUGGCACGGAUGUCCUGGACGAUGUGGUUCGAACUAUUGGCGAGUUCCUGUUUGAGCACUGUCACCAUCCCAACGUCGAGAUCGAGGCCAAGCUGGGAGUGCUUAUCGACAAGAGCACAGGACGGCGGAUCGAGCUGCCUGUGAGAAAUGAGGUUGUACUGACACCACAGGGUCGUCCGAGCUGGUACCAAUUUUCUUCAGACAUGACUGUGGACCAACACGCACACUUUAACAAGACUCUGAACUGGAGACUGGAGCAAUCACGGCGGACAGAGCCAAAGGAGCGUCAUAUCAGAUACCAGCAUACAUAUGAAGUCGAUCAAUUUUUCACGUCCCAAAACGGGAAGGUCAGAGUGACCAAGGAUCAAAAGACGAACGCCGUGAUUACGAACGGGAUUGUGAAAAAGGAGAGAAUCGCCGAUCUGGAUGUUUUUUCACCAAAGAACGCGUUCGACUACCGUGUUUCCGUCAAUAUCGAAGUCCCAGAGCGUCUACCAGCAGGGCAGCCUCAGUUUGAACGGCACAAGGACAGGAUAUCCUACCGUCACAACAACUUUAAAAUUGACCUGACCCAGGUCAAGUCGGCGAACACACCCAACAACGCCAACAAGCUUAGUCAAAUGCGUCCGAUGAACACCAAUGUACAGGAUCUCACACACGAGCUGGAGAUUGAAUUCGUGCAUCCGGAGGAGCUGGUUCGCGAGAGAGAUAUCCGGAUAAACAGCCACGGAUCACAGGCUGAUCGAUUCAUGGACAUUGUCGGAAGCUUUGUGAACAACGUUCGGGGACUCGUCGUUCGAGGAAACAUUGUGCCGCAACAGCAGCCUCAACAGCAACCUCAGCAGCAACAGCGACAACAGCCGAAUUACUCACAGCAGCGACCGCAUUAACGAGAUCAGAGGCCUUGCGCUUCAAUGCCUCAGGUUUGAAAUGUCAAUAAAUCAAAAGACCUCUGCGCAUCCUGCUCAGAUACCACCCA